AUGCGCCUUUAUGCCAUUAUUCUGUCCCCUCUCAAGCAGUAAAUGAAGAGCAGGCAUUCUCCUUUGAUAGCUGAAAAUCCAAUAUUAUUACACAAUUCGAAAUUGCUUUUACAUCCGCUAUUCAGAUAGAUGGAGUUACACAAUACAUAACAUUCUCGCAGUGCUGCGGGGUUCGCAACAGGGCGAUUAGAACCCAAAACACGGUGGGUGGUGGAUUAGGAGGCUGUUUAUGUAGAGGGUCUUAGAAGACAAGGAAGAAAAAAAACUGAAAAAAAUAUUUUGACAACCUCCCUUUCCAAGCGGAAAGGGCUUUGGCUGCCCUCACCCUGACCAACCCGCAGACAGAAUGGCUCACCUCCGGGAUCUGCGGAACCAGAACUCGCGUCUGGACCCAGAGGAGUACUUCACCAAGCUGGAGCGCAUUGGGAAGGGCUCCUUCGGGGAGGUGUACAAGGGCAUCAACAACCGCACCAAGGAGGUGGUGGCCAUCAAGAUCAUCGACCUGGAGGAGGCCGAGGACGAGAUCGAGGACAUCCAGCAGGAGAUCACCGUGCUCAGCCAGUGCGACAGCCCCUUCGUCACCAAAUACUUUGGGGCCUACCUCAAGGGGACCAAGCUGUGGAUCAUCAUGGAGUACCUGGGAGGGGGUUCAGCUCUGGAUCUGCUGAGACCGGGCCCCCUGGAGGAGACUUACAUUGCCACCAUCCUACGGGAGAUCCUGAAGGGGUUGGAUUACCUUCACUCAGAACGGAAAAUCCACCGCGACAUCAAAGCUGCCAAUGUGCUGCUGUCAGAACAGGGUGAUGUCAAGUUGGCAGACUUUGGGGUGGCGGGACAGUUGACCGACACCCAAAUCAAGAGAAACACAUUUGUGGGUACACCCUUCUGGAUGGCGCCCGAGGUCAUCAAACAGUCGGCCUACGACUUCAAGGCGGACAUCUGGUCCCUGGGAAUCACCGCCAUCGAACUGGCCAAGGGGGAGCCCCCGAAUUCGGACCUGCACCCAAUGAGGGUGCUGUUCCUCAUCCCUAAAAACAACCCGCCUACCCUAGAGGGGACCUACAGCAAACCCUUCAAAGAGUUUGUGGAGGCCUGUCUCAAUAAAGACCCCCGCUUUAGACCCACUGCCAAGGAGCUGCUGAAGCACAAGUUCAUCACGCGCUACACCAAGAAAACGCCCUACCUGGCGGAGCUCAUCGACCGGUACCGCCGCUGGAAAUCCGAGGGCCACGGGGACGAGUCCAGCUCCGACGACUCGGACAUGGACGGAGAUGGCGACGACAGAGACCAGUGUCCGAUGUGGACCUUUCCGCCAACAGUGAGGCCCAGCUCCAUGAACAAGCUCCAGAAAGGCUUUGCCAACACAGACUCUGAGACGGCAGAGGCAGUAAAGAGACAACCCAAAUCCCAGUGUCUCUCAUCGCUGGUCACGCCCAUCUUCAGAGAGCUGAAGGAGAAGAGGCGGACGAACGGAGCGAGCGUAGGCGCCAUCGAGGAGCUAGAAAAUGCCUUCAGCCUCGCGGAGGAGUCCUGUCCGGGCAUCUCGGACCGCUUGGUCACACACAUGCUGGAGAGAGUGCGGAGGUUUUCACUGAACGGGAACACCACCCCCUCCUCUCGGUGAAAUCCACCAGCUGCUGCUCCACCCCCCCACCCCCCUCCCCGGGAGAGCCAACGCCCCCCCC